AGUCUGUUUGCAAUCCUGGCAGCCAUGAAGAAAGUACUGGCUGCUGUUGUUGCUGCCUUUGCAGCUUUCAUUGGAUACAAAUUCCUUAAACUAAAUGAAAUGAUGCUUGCUUCAAGGGAAAUGCCUGUGAAACACCUCAACUGUCAAUAUUUGAAGAAUAUUGAAUAUGGGGCAGAGGAUAUCACAAUACUGAAAGACGGUCUGGCCUUUCUAAGCACAGGGUUGAAAUAUCCUGGACUUCCUUCGUUCUCCGAUGAACCAGGGAAGAUUUACAUUUUAGAUUUGCUGCACCCGAAGCCAACUCCAGUCGAGCUGCAGAUCAAAGGAGAGCUGGACCUAAACUCUUUCAACCCACAUGGCAUUAGUGUAUACACUGAUGAAGCAGAUGACUCUGUUUACCUGUUUGUUGUCAAUCACCCGGAACACAAAAGCCAAGUUGAGAUCUUUCAUCUUGUUCAGGAAGACACACUUGUGCACUUAAAAACUAUAGCCCACCCCCUACUCCACAGUGUAAAUGACAUUCUUGCAGUCGGAAAAGAGAGCUUCUACGCCACAAAUGAUCACUACUUUGCCAGUGAUGUGCUCCACUUUUUGACUCUCAUCCUGGAUUACCCCAUGUGUGAGGUGAUCUAUUACAGCCCUGAGGAAGUGAAGGUGGCAGCCAAUGGCUUUCUGGCUGCAAAUGGCAUCAACAUAUCACCUGACAAACGGUAUAUUUAUGUUUCAGAUAUUGUUGGCCAUGACAUCAAGGUUUAUGAAAGACAACAAGGGGAACAAUUAAGGUUUCUAAAGUCUGUAGCUGUUGGGUCACUGUGUGAUAACAUCGAGGUGGACCACAGAACAGGUGACAUUUGGCUUGGUUGUCAUCCAAAUGGGCAGAAGUUGGCGAAGUAUGACCCUGAAGAUUUGGCCGGCUCUGAGGUCAUCCGGAUCAAGAACAUUCUCUCAGAGAAACCAGUGAUGAGCCUGGAGUACGGUGAUGACGGCCAUGUGCUCGUCGGCUCCAGUGUAGCAGCUCCCUUUGAGGGAAAGUUGCUAAUUGGAUCUGUUUUCCACAAAGCCCUGUAUUGUGAUUUAAAAUAAUUUGUCUACUUUGUAUCUAAUGAUUUUUAAGGAAAUUAAUGUUGUAAGAAAGGAUUUGGAUGGACAUGGGAUACAAAAAUAAAAUCUUGAUUCA